UUCGUCAGUUUCGUCAAUUCGCCUUUGUGUUUCUUGCGUGCAGACGUUUUUCCUCGAGCUCGUAGCUUUCCCAAUUCAAAAAAGAAAAUAAACUGAAAGAAGCGUUGCUUAAAUAUAUUGAAUACAUUUUAAAUCGAAACGAACGGUGUGCGUGUUUAAAAAGCAGGGACGCCGCCGCCAUUACCAAAUGCAGCCAAUUACAGUGAAUCCCGGGCAAUGGAAGUUGGCAAUGCAGUCGCUCAGUACAACAAACAGAAUAAUGGCCGCGCACAAAUAACAUUAGCACAAAAAAAAAAGUAGCCACAGUGAAACACCGUCACCACCACAACCACAGCACCAAAAUACACACAAAACACUCGAAAAUAAAAUACAACAAAUCAGUUCAGUCACUCGCUUUUAGUUCCAACCACAAAAACCAAACCCAAAAAAAGUGAGAAAAUAUUCAACAAAACAAUAAGCAACAAAAACGCUAAAACAAAAAACAUUUCAACUAAAACAGUAGACAGACAUAUUCAAGUUCCAUCAUGUUCAACUUCCACAAACCGCGCGUCUAUCGCUCCACCGACGGCUGCUGCAUUUGCCGGGCCAAAUCAAGCAGCUCCCGCUUCACAGCCUCGCGAAAGUACGAGAAGGAGUCGAUGCAGUGCUUCAAUCUUCAUGAGCCGCGCAACGGCGAGAUCUGCAAUGCCUGUGUGCUCCUGGUCAAGCGCUACAAGCGUCUGCCGGUGGGCAGCAAACGUCACUGGGGUCAUGUUGUGGAUGCCCGUGCCGGGCCUGGAACCAAGUCGCUGGCCAAGCAGAAGAAGCGCGACAAUGCCGAGGCAGCGGCAGCAGCGGCUGCUGCAGAGGUUAAGAGCGUGAAUAGCUCAUUUCUGCCGGAGAAGUUUGCUAAAAUCUUCAAGAAGAAAAGCAAGGGCAAAAUCACAGCAGCAGCAGCAGCAGCACCAGUUACCAGUGCUAUCAACCGACCCAGCAGCACUUCACCCACCUCUGAGCACAAUCCUAGCGAUUCCAAUGAGAGCUACGACGAUGACAUGCAGCUAACAAGAGGCGGAGGCGAAGGCGGUUCGUAUCAAACGCGCAAGCGUACGGCAGCCGCUGCCUUGGCCAUGGAUGUUGUUAAACGUCCCAAGCUCACGGGCAGCAAGCGACGCCGCCAAUUGCCACCGAAAAAGGAUCGUCGGGCCGUUGAUAAUGUGCCCUUUUUCGAGGAGAACGAUCUAGUGCGCUUGGAGGUCUGCUGCGGUGUUGUCUUUCAGAGCCUGUCCCUUGGCAGCUGUUGCUACAUCAUUGAUCCGGAGCUGUAUAAGCCCUGCGAGAAGCAUCAACGUUUACGGCAGCAGCAACAUCAGCUGCAGGUGCAGCAUCAACAGGAGAUGCAGCAGGAGAAGGAGAAGGAAAAGCUGGCCACUAACCCACCCACUCAAGUUCAAAGCCAGGCGGCCAAAAUGGGGCCGCUGAAGAAGCACCAUCUGUUCUUUAAGCGACAAUCGGAGUCAUUCCCACAAGGGGAUGUUGUCCAUAGAAUAAGUCCAAUUCCAUUGAGCAAGACUGAAGCAAACAGCAGCCACCAUACAACACAGAAGCCACAACAACAUUCCAAUUUGUCGCUGAUCCUCAAGCCCACAGUAGCUGCCUCUUCCUCACUGCCAACAGCGGCAGGAGUGGUAUCUGUGGGCGCUGCCUCGCCCUCAUUUUCCUCAUCCUCGUCCAACUGUUCCACCUCAUCCUCGGUGGCCACCAAGUUCAAUGACAACUCCUCGGACUCGGGUUUCGAUGAGCAUGUGCUGGAGCGCAAGUCUGUCAGUCCACCAACGCAGGAUGAAUGGAAGUUAAGAGGCACUGCAGCGGGCGGCAUGCAGUUGAUCCUAGCCAGCGGCCUGCCCAUUACUGGACAGUCGCAAAAUCUGGUGCUGGCGGGUAAUGAGUUUACGGCCAGGAUUGUGCAGCAGCGACAGCAGGAAACAGCAGCAGCUGGAACAGCGCCUCCACUCAAAAUCAAUGUGGUGCCCGGUGGCGGAUCUCAGGGUAAUAGCAAUAAAUUGCGUGCAAUAUUCAAUAGCGCCAACAACAGCAGCAGCAUUCAGCAUGAGAACGGUGUGACCACCAUACUGCCGGCCUCAUCGCUGGCGGCCAGCAAUCAAACGGCGGCAAUGAAUGCCAUAGCGCCCAGUACGGUGACCAUAACGCCCUCGUCUGUGGUGGGCAAGAAGGUAACGGCUGUGGCCAAUCCCAAGUUUAUAUUGCUCAAGCCGGCCAAAUUUGUGGGCCAAACAGUGCCACCUCCUCCGCCAGAAGCCAAAAUUGUUUAAAGAGAGAGAGAGGGAAAUGAAAACGAAAGAGAGGGAAAGAGAAGCCUAGCGUCUCGCAAGGAGCAGGUUCAUAGGGUAUUCCAAAACCACCUGCUUAAAUUGUUGAUUAUGUACACACACACCCCUCUUAAAUUUUUUUUAGAUUAUUUACUAUUUUGUUUAAUUUUUUUAUUUGAUAAAUCUCUGCUCCCUUAUGUAUUUAUUCUAAGUUUCUAAAAUUGUACAUAAAAUUACCUUUUAAUUCAUUUUUUUACACAUUUACACUCUCCUACAAAAUAUUACUUUUGUAUGAAUACUCAGCCGUAGCAGCUCUCCAUAUCAUGUUAGCAAUAUAUAUACGUACAUACAUAUAUAUAUUUAAUUUUAAAUUUUGAGAAAAAUCGAAAACCGAAAACCUUACCCUAGACAUUAGUUUAUGUACAUACGAUUUAAGCCAGCCUAACGACUUGUUUUUGUCCAGCAGCACUCUUAUCUAUAUAUAUAUAUCUCGUCUAUAUAUACCCCACAUCCUCUGCGAUUCUCGAGCAGGCUAAACACAAAACGGAAGACGGAGAAAAGCAUUUUGAAAGCGAUCAAUCGCUGUAGUUGGACGUGUAGAGUAGUGCAGUGCCCUAGUAGUCUGUAGUUAAAACACACACACACGCUCGAUCUUGAACACACGCUUGAUCCUGCACACACACGCUUGAUCCUGCACUCCACACCGAUAUCGAUCCACGGAUCACAGCCAGGCGUUGGAGUGGAAGGAGGCCAGCGAUGGAACCACCCGGUAAACACACAAAGUAUAGCCUUAGGAGAAUGCCUAAAAAGCAAACAAAGCAAAAAACAAAAAAAAACCCAUUAAGUGUGUGUUGAAAGAGCAAUGUUUUUUAAAUUUAAAUAAAAGUCAACUUUUUGAAAAUAAA